AUGGUCAGCCACCCCGGAGCCCACAGCCCCGACACCAAGCCUGGCACAGCCAGGCGUGGUCUCUGCACCCACGGGAAUGGGGUGUGCGUGGACACAGGCGAGGUGCACGACUUGCCUGUAAGGACACGUCUCCCCGACACGGUGCAGAGCAAAGAGCCGGGAGCCGCUGUGUGUCCCAAGCGCAGGACGGGCCAGUGCUCCAUGGGGCCACCCGUGCAGAUGCUGGGGUGUCACGGGCCUCCGGCUGCUGCUCCCUCGAUCUGGACCCCCUGCCGGCCCCCAGGUGCCCUCAGACAGGGGAUGGCCCCUCCGCAGGCGUCUCGCUGGGCGUCCCCGGGGCCGGGCACUGGCUCUUCUACACUCGCCCGUGGCCCACGUGACAGCCUUCACACAGUCCCCACCAUGCGUCUGGGACAGAAAACUCCCUACAGCGUCAUGUCCUUCAACACUCACAGAGCUCCCUCAAACGAUCUGAGCGGCUUGGGUCCUGCUUGGAAGCAAUGGCACGUGGUGGAAGUGAAACUGCCCCGAGGUGACUUCGCCUCAUCCACGGAGGCCCCGUGCUUGGAGUCUGAGCCGUGCCUUCGCAAUUCCUCCGCAGCCUUCACUGCCCGAGGCCACCCUACUGUCGAGGCGCACCCCUCAUCUGGCCCAGCAGCAGCCCCCACCGCCCGCCUGCUGACCCAGGCCGCGGUCCCCUGGACCUCCCACGAGUCCUCACCCCGGUCCUGCCUAACUGGCCCGCCGGCCUCUCUGGCCACACGGUCUUCCUCCCAGAAGGGCCCGGCCCUGCCCUGCUCUGGGGCUGUCAACACCUUGCCCAGCUUCACGGCCCAUGUCGGCCUGUGGUUCUGUGGUGUCGUCUCCCAGCUCGCCCACCCUAGUUAG